CAAACCUGAGAAAAAUGGAGAAGAGAAUCUUCUCUUCCUGCACGCGGCAUGCAAGACGACGACGUGCCGGAGACUCUUCGUCGGUCGUCGACCGACUAUUCGACUGCAUGUCUUCUCGCCGGUCAAAGCUGUCACCACUCAUCAGCCUUGACUAACCGUAGAAAUUUGGUCAUACCAAGAUAUAUGCAAGGUUAAUAGAUCUCCUCUCUCGACCAGACGGACGGUCUAUAAAUACAUAUACGGGCCUUCUUCAAGCAGCAAGCAUCACAGCAGGACGUAGUACAAAGCUAGCUGCCUCUCAUCAGUCAUCAACAUGGCCCUCCAAGCUCCAAUCAUCAACAUGGCGUCCCUGGGUAGCAGAGCUGCCGGCCGUCGUCGUCCCACGGUGCUCCAGCAGAUCGCUCUCUUCGUCGUUAUCGCGGCGGUCAUCAUGAACAGCUCCGUCUGCGUUGGAGCCGCCGGCCACGACGCCGCUGUAGUAGGCACAGACCCUAACCACCCUGCUUUCCCGUCGCCGCCUGGUAAACCCUACACCGGCGGCCGUGGGUGCCGCACAAUUUACGGAUGUCGUGAUGUACCACCGGCGGGUGGCCAGCCCUAGUUACACCCGCGCACCGACCAAUCUGUCAAAAUAAUGCAAGGAUCGAUCGACAUAUGUAGCUGAACGGCGACCUAGAUGCAUAUAUAAUAUAUGCAUGCGUGCCUCUUAUACACGAGCAAUACCGUCUCGUGAUGUACUCGUACCUACUUAGACUCGAAUAAAACUGGAUUAUUGCGUGUC